CGCGCGCUGCGUCAGUAUUCCGCGAGCUCCCAUCGUGUUUUGUUCGUUUCUUGCUUCGCCCGGUCUCCAUCUCGAGUCACCAGGGUGGGAGGGAAUCGCCGCCUGUAGACGCGAGAAGCGACGAGAAACGCCACAGAGACAAAAGUGUCUUCUUCCUUCUUCGCCGCGAACGAAUAUUCCUCUCAGGAUGGCGGACGACAACCACGAGAACGGCACCACCAACGGCGACGUGCCCGAGAUCGAGCUGAUCAUCAAGGCAUCGACGAUCGAUGGCCGUCGAAAGGGCGCCUGCCUCUUUUGUCAGGAAUAUUUUAUGGAUUUGUAUCUUCUGGCGGAACUGAAGACGAUUUCUCUGAAGGUGACCACCGUGGACAUGCAAAAGCCGCCGCCCGAUUUCCGCACCAAUUUCCAGGCCACUCCGCCACCUAUCUUGAUCGACAAUGGUGACGCAAUAUUGGAGAACGAGAAGAUCGAACGACACAUCAUGAAGAAUAUUCCUGGCGGGCAUAAUCUGUUCAUACAGGAUAAGGAAGUGGCCACUCUCGUGGAAAACUUGUUUAGCAAACUCAAGCUGUUGCUGUUGAACGCGAAGGACAAGGACAAGGAUCCCAAGUCCUCAUCGUUGAUGGCACAUUUACGUAAGAUUGAUGAACAUCUGGGUCGCAAGGGCACGCGCUUCCUCACUGGCGAUACUAUGUGCUGCUUCGAUUGCGAGCUGAUGCCGCGACUGCAACAUAUCAGGGUCGCCGGCAAGUAUUUUGCUGACUUCGAGAUACCGGAGACUUUGGUGCACUUGUGGCGGUACAUGCAUCACAUGUACAGGCUCGACGCUUUUCUACAGAGCUGUCCGGCCGAUCAGGAUAUCAUUAACCACUACAAACUGCAACAGAGUAUGAAAAUGAAGAAACACGAGGAGUUGGAGACGCCGACCUUCACCACGAGUAUCCCGAUCGAGGUCAACGAUGAUUAGGCUGGACCUUCCUCGAGUCUGCGAUCGCGUGACUUUGAUUAGACAUCGAGAUCGAGACUUAUAGCGAAACGGCGAAUCAUUGACAGAGUUUCAAUGGCGCGCGCAUUUUGUAAUUUAAUAUUCAUCAUUAGUAUCUCAAAAACUAACAGGAAUUUUUCCAUUGAAACUCGUGUCUUUCCAGCUGCUAACUUGUGUCGUCGCCGCAUCAUUGAUCGAUUCAUAUCUUUUUGCUAAGUAAUCGUUGCUGGAUCUAAUCCCUUUUUCGGGAUCAAGUCAAAUGUAAACAGAUUAGCUUUUUUACCGCAAACGACGCGACAACAUAUAUAAGUGCAUUAAGACUUUGAAAGUCUUAGUAUCGAUAGAUUAUCGAUUUUCUUCAUUUUUCUUCUUUCUUUUUUUCCCACUAUGUAUGGCAUACAUACAUAGUUUUGACCUGAGUAGUAUUAGCAAGAUUUUAUUUUGCUAUUAUUGAUUCAAGGAGUAAUUUGAUUAGGAGAAGCUAUCAUGAUUUUGCCAUUUUCUAACGGCAGCAACCAUGGAAAUUAAUACCAAGAAAUGCAAAAGAAACGUAUGCGUUCGAGGGAACUAAAUUGGGUGCCAUUAUAUUUUUGCAAUUUUAUUAAAAUUUAUCCCUUGAAAUAAUUAUUCCAAUCAUUAUUCCUAGGCAUUAUUCUUACGUAAAAUAAAACGUAAGUAGAAUUGGUAAGAGAUAUAGACAAUAUUUGAGAAAUAAAAUGUUGCAAUAACGUUUCUGAGUUUGUGCGUAUAACUAUUGUUUUUAUAUGAAUAUGUUAGAUUUUUCUUAUCAUCAUCGCUAUUUAAGCAUGCAAUCGAAACAUUUGUGUUUAAUGAAAAGGAUACAGAGUUUAGAAUCGUAAAUUUUUUAAAUCGCGGCUUUAUUUUCUUGAACGCGCGAUAAACACACAUUAUCGAUAUACGUAGAAGAAACAGAGUGUUUCGCUAUAUUUCUCGCGAGAUAUGUGAUUCAGAGUGUGUACGUUUCUUCUGGAUUCCGCAGUAUAUAUAGGUAUCUUGUUAUAUUCCCGUUUCAUUGUUAGCACUUUUACUGAUUUUUACAAACGAAGAACGAGUGUAUAUCGCGUAAGUGUAAUUCCGACGUUUCUCGGGUCGAAAGCAUUUAAAAUAACGGCAUCCAGGAGCAUUGACUCUGCUUAUUUCCGCACUAAUACACAAUUCAUUGUUCCAGAAAACAGAAAACGAGCGAUUUUAUAUUCGUAAGCAACUGUCUAUUCCCGCAUUAGUAAUUCUAUUAUUAUUAUUAUUACUAUUAUUAUAUAUUACUAUUGUAUUAUUAAUUUUGGUUUAUAUAUCCAUAAAAAUCAA